AUGGAUCAAGAAAACCGUAACAAUGCAAUCCUUGUUGUGUCAACGAUCGGGCGGAAGAAAGAUUCCACAUCUUCUGUAGACGUUUUAGCUGGAACCUUGCUGACUUUCCUGGAAAAGAAAGAAAUUAAAGGCAAAACCGAAUACGUGUUCGAGGCGUUAGAUGUGGAUAAACACGUCAGAGUGUCGUGCGGUGUGAACGAGUUCAAAUACAUUUUGUUGAUGGUGAAAGACUUGCUGAGACCUAUACCGACGUGUAAGGAAAGGUUGGAAGUGUUUACCGACACUGAGUGGUUGAAUGACGGCAUCAGACUUAAGGUGGGAGACCAGGUGUUUGUUAAACUGAAAGGAGAGCAGAGUGAACUGCCAGGUGUCUUGAGAUUCAAAGGAGCUGAUGUUCCCGACUCCAAAGGCAUUUACUUUGGAGUUGAAUUAAAGGAUAAAAAGGGAGCAAGUGAUGGCUUAUUUCGUCGAAAACGGUUUUUUACAACAGAGCAAGAUUGUGCUGUCUUUGUUUCUUUAAACAAAAUUCGAAAAAGCCGAGAUGGCUGGCAUAAAAGCACACGAUCACGGGUUGAUGAGAAUGGUGAAAGUUUCUAUCAGCAGCAGGAAAAUGUAAUCCAGUGCAAUUUACGACUCGGGGAGAGAGUUGUGUGGGUGAGUGAUGACGGACCAGAGAAGGGAACUGUUGAGUGGAUCGGCCGCCUCCUGAUGAGCCUGGACAACCCAAUUGGCACGGGCACAGGCAAAUACAAAGACAAGCGGUUAUUUUACACAAAACAAGGACAUGCAUCGUUGAUUCCACUGAUUGGCCUCAUUAAAGAGGAGGAAUUUGAGCAUCCAGGUACUUGUUCUCCAGACAUCACUGAUGUGGCAUCUCCUGAAUUUAUCAGGCAACAAAAGCUGAUGCUAGAUCAGAUUGCCAACUUGGCUGUCAACAGAGACCAAGGGACAAUACAAAGAUUGUCAGGCUCCAACCAAACAACAAACAUCGAUCAAAGAUUGUCAGAAACUACAGCCUUAGGAAAUGCUGGGCAGAACAAUCUGCAGUUACAGCAGGAUGUGUUGAAGAAGAAGGCAGUGGAUUCCAGUGGCUUAAAUCCUAUUUAUGAGCAUACCAGACUUCAAGAAGAACCAGGAAGUGUUGGAUCUAAAGGUUCUGGCAACUUUGGCCGAACCACUAACCAAGAUCCAGACCCAGAUCUGAGCGUGGGCUCUAUGGUUGAGGUCCAGCUGAGGUUUCCCUUGUACGGGGUGAUCCGGUGGAUUGGCAACACGGACGAGCAGUCUGGGAAACUGACAGCGGGCUUGGAAAUGGAAGAAGAACUGUCAGCCGGCACUGAUGGAACAUUUAAAGGAGUUCGCUACUUCACAUGUCUGCCCAAAAAAGCUUUGUUUGUUCCCUUAUACAAGUGUAGUAAGGACAGGAGGUUUCCCACAUCUGAUAGAAAACUAUCCAAUGAGUUUGGGAGUCAGUCAACUCCAGAUAUUGAAGGAGAUAUACCACCUCCGGAAAUAUUUUCAGCUUCUGAAUUCAAACUUGUUUGUGGCAAAAACAAAGGCAUUCAGGGACAUCACAACUCAUGUUAUUUAGAUGCCACGCUGUUCUGUAUGUUUUAUUUUACGACUGUGUUUGACUUUAUAUUUAAUCGGCCACCUGGCGUUGAGGAUAUCGCGGAGUACCCCAAGGUGCAGAAGGUUCUUAAAGAAGGCAUUGUCAACCCACUUAGGAAAAAUAACUAUGUCAGGGCAGAUAAAGUCUUGAAGCUGAGAGCUCUGCUCGAUGAAUUGGGGACAGUACCUGGUAUGAUGGGAGAAGAAAAAGAUCCAGAGGAAUUUCUUAGUGCAUUAUUAACCCAGAUCAUGAAAGCUGAUCCGUUGCUACAUUUAAGUUCUGGAGAGCAUACAUAUUUCUACCAGCUCUUCAUGGAGAAGGAUGAGAAUCUCUUGCUGCCGACCACUCAGAAACUGGUGGAGCUUUCAUUUUUACAGGGAAAUGUCAAAUUGAAACAGGUCCCCUCCUGCCUAAUGAUCCAGAUGCCAAGGUUCGGCAAAGAGUAUAAAAUGUUUCACCGCAUUGUGCCUAGUUUGCAGCUAGAUAUAACGGAUAUUCUUGAAAAUUGUCCCAGAGACUGUAUUGUCUGUGGAGGGCUGGCAACCUUUGAGUGCAAGGACUGCUACCAGGUUCAUGGGCCAGGCCUCAACACAACAGCUUUCUGUAGCAACUGUGUCAAGCGG